AUGCUCAAUUCAGUUCUAAAUGGUGUUUUCACAAGUUUUACCAAUUUGAUUACAAAUUAAACAUAUAAUUUUCACAAUAAAAUUGUGCUUAUUCCAUCAAGUUUAAGAGGAUCUCUAAGUAGAGAUUUAAAUAAUUUCAUCAGUUCACAUGUGACGGAUACGCCGACUACUUAGCGCAACUAUAAAAAAUAUAAUAUAUUUGCAUUAUACCUGCAAUAGUGCGUCUUCAGAAAAUAGAAAAUAUCGAAAUGGGUCGCCGUUGUUGUGUAACUGGUUGCAAUUCGACGUCACGUUUACCGGAGCAUCAUGGUGUCACUUACCAUUCGUUCCCUUUGGAUGCAAACAUACGCGCCAUUUGGAUGCGUAAUACCCGCCUCAGCUCAGAACGACCAAUCACUAAAAGCGUGCUUGUGUGUUCGAGGCAUUUUCGUCGUAUCGAUUUCCAACCACAACGUAGUGGAAAGUAUCUACUUAAGCAGCGUGUUUUUCCUACUGUAUUUCCAUGGGGCAAAGUUGAUCCAACACAAGUGGAGUCUGAUUUAGAGGAUUUAAAGAAUAAUAGCAUGAACACAUCGAGUGCUACAAAUCAAUCAACAGAGGACGCUACAAAAGCCACAGUAGAAGCCAAGGUUGCACAAAUAAUGGCUGAAACUGCAGAACGUAGUGCAGCUAAAGCGAAUGCAGAUAACGAAACUGCUUCGCCCAUAACAACACCAGCAUCUGCAUCUCCAGCUGCUAUUAAAUUUGAACCUGUUACGUCAUUCAACCCUGGUGCAAGAUUAGAAGCACAAGAUUUUGAUGGUGUCUGGCAUGCAGCACGUGUGGUUGAAGUUGACAAUGAUGAUAGAGAAGUACUAAUAAAAUUUGAACGUUCGGGAAAAGUAAAAUCGGCAGUUGUUGGCACAGAAGAGUGGAUUCCAAUGAAUUCAACACGUUUGCGUCAGAAGGUCUCAACAAAACCUGUACCAGUUUUUGAGUUAGAAGAAAAGUGCAUGGCUCGUUGGUCGGGACCCCGAAAAUUUCCUGGCACUAUCAAAAAGAUACUCGGAAAUGAUAUAUAUGAAGUACUAUUCGAUGAUGGCUAUGUAAAGAAUGUACGCGCUGUUCAUAUAAAUAAAAUACAACCAUUGGAUACCGAGUUACAAGCACCAAUAUCAUCACCCACUGUACCCAGUACACCACAGAACACUUCAACAAAUAUGCCAGAAACAUCACCGUUAAAAACUCCAAAAAAUGAUUCGCCAUUACCAGUAGCGCCAAGUUCAACAAGUGCAAAGAAAAGAUCUUCUUCUGGUUCUCGUAAGGACUGGCCCUUACUCGAUCUCGCCAAACUGGAUUUAUGUGCACUAAAUUUACCGGAUAUCCCACGUGAUGGGGAAUGGACGUGCCAUUGGGUUAACGAUCAACCAAUUGGAAAAGAAGGGUUCCUUAUUGUCGGCGAGCACCGAAAACCCACAGUAAUCGUUGAAGACUGGCGUUUGCCACCUGGCUGGGUGAAACAUAUGUAUCAGCGUUCUAAUGUAUUAGGCAAAUGGGAUGUUAUAUUAGUUACGCCGGGUGGAAAACGUUUUCGUUCAAAAGCGGAUUUGAAAGUUUUUCUUGAGGAGCAAGGUCAGAUGUACAACCCAGACAUAUAUGAUUUUAGUAUUCAUCGACGGCGUGCAAAGGAUAUCAACGCCUAUGUGUACACGUCCGAUUACACACCACAACCGCCGCCAAAACCAAAACCACUUGAUAACACCAUAGCAGCCAUGGAUGCAGCAAGCGUGAAAGCAGCUACCACAGCACUUGCUAUCAGUACUACACAAUAUAUUGAAACUCCCGUGGCCACAGCCGAACCACCUGCAGAACUGAUGACACCAACUUUAACAACAAAUUCCCCUUCGAAAGACCAUACAAUGGAUGUUGUUGGAAAUGCAGAUAAUGCAGACGCUGCAUCGGGACGUUCGGUGGAUGCUAAUUUGGCAGCAGAAGAUGGUUACGCUUACAUAGGUGGAUUGAAAGUGCAAAUAAUCAAUAACCUUUUCCGUUGUCCGCAAGAAGGCUGUUUGAAGAACUUCCGUAAGGAGGACCAUUUGCAAAUUCACAUUAAACACUACCACCCCGAUUUGAAUAAGCUACUUGGUUCCUGUCCAAAAAUGCUCGAUCUGGCAGAAAAACGUACACACACUAAACCCGACCAACAUGAACCUGCUCCGCGCAAUCAAAUUCCAAAUCAGCAAUUCUUUGCUAAACUACAUCAGCAAGAUAUGCUACAAACACGUGCUCAUAGACGUAGUGCUGGUGCACAUCCAACAACAACAACAACUGGUAGUGCCUCUCAGGCUACUGUGCCUGUGACGGAUUUAAAAUCGGAAACGGACAACAAGAUGGACACAGACGCCGAUGCUGAGACUUCACAAAUAUCUGUCGGUCUCAAUGAGACCGUCCUUAAUAGCUCAGCACAAGAUAACAGUAUCGUGGUGGAGAUGCCAGUUGCUGCUACGCCAAUGGUCGAUGACAGCUUGUCGGACAUAUCGGGCAUACCAGCUAAACGCUCGCGCAUGUCACCAAGUAAGCGCACAAUGGGCUCUCGUAAAAGCAACCGCCAGCGCACCACAAAGCGUUAUCUAACAGCUGCACAAGCCACGGCAGGCACAUCUUUGUUACCCGUUGUGACUGGCGAUAAUAGUUUCGGUGUGUCCGAUUUUGAGGAGACGCGGCACUCAUUCAACGCAACGCCAGAUGUCAAAGUUGUAGAGGUGGGAAAGAAACGCAAAUCUUCUGGAGCGCCAGUCACAUCUAUGAGCAGUCUGGAUUCACCGGUAACUGCCGAUUCGGGUUCGUCAUCGUUUCCACCUCUAUUGGCACAUGGCUCCAAUGAAGCAGAUGCCAUGGGUGCUGCCACAAGCGUAAAUCCACAAUAUAUAAAGGAAAAUGGCGAAUUAAUAAAGAUUGUCAGCAUGCGACAAGAGGAAAUAAUAAAUUGCUUAUGCUCAUAUGGCGAGGAAGACGGUUUGAUGAUACAAUGCGAACUGUGCUUAUGCUGGCAACACGGCAUUUGCAAUGGGAUCGAUAAGGAGGUGGAUGUGCCCGAGAAAUAUGUAUGCUACAUUUGUCGAAAUCCGCAACGCGGUCGCGAAUCAAUGCGUUUCAAACACGAUCAAGAUUGGUUGUAUGACGGAAAAUUACCUGUAGCCAAUUACCACAUUGGCAAUCCAAAUUUGCCAAAACGUUUCGAGUUUCUAAAGAAAUCGCAUGUUCUUACCGGAAAUUUAGUUGAGCUAAAUCGAUUUAUGCAUUCGUUGCGCGUGAAAAUGAACAUUGCUAACAAUCGCUGUCAUCCCAAAUUGUAUUUAUGGGCUAAGAAGUGGGAGGAAGACAUAGCGCAGCAAAGUAUCAAAACGGAUAUAAAAUCCGAUCAAGAUAUUAAAAUCGAAGACGCUGAAAUCGGCAGCAAAGUAUUGGGUACGAAGCUAUCGCCCAAUAAGAGAAUUAAAUCUGAACCCACUACACCAUCCCAUCCCAUUCCCAACAUACCACAACCGGAAGCGCCUAUCGAUCCCGUAGAGUGCCAACAUCGCUUAAUGGAUCACAUUAAAAUACAACAGAAUUUAGUGCUGAAACGUUUAGACGAUAUUGAAAAUGAAAUAGAUGAACUUGAAAAUCAAGAUGAACUCAUAGACUUGAAGGACGGCGACUAUAAGAGUACGAAGGAUGUGCUGGCCUCUUUCAUUAAAGAAUUGGAUGUCAUGAAGCAAUUGGCUAAACUAAAUGCUUUGGAGAACACAAAACAAACUAUGAAAAAUGCCGUAACUGCAAAGUAACUUUGUGUGGGACAAAGCGAAUUCGAAUUGCAGAUUUAAUUCAGUUUGCUGCUGUUUAAUUUAAUUAAACUUUUUUUUAUAAUAUAUGUAUAAUAUACAUUUGUAUUUCCUUUAAUUUGUGUUUUUAGUCAUUUAGAAUUUGAACUUGUUGCAGUGAAUAUUAAAUGAAAUAAAUAUUAAUGGAAUUUGGACCCAUA